AUAUCUCCGUGUCUGUCACUCAGCUCAGCUUCGCCCCUUUACAGCCAAAUACCUUUCUCGAGCGUUUCUUUUUUAACUCUCCAGUUCUCAACGAAUCCAUAGAAUUUCACCAAGAAGAAGAAGAAGAUGUCGUGGCAAACAUAUGUAGAUGAGCACUUGAUGUGCGAAAUCGAUGGCAACCAUCUCUCCUCCGCCGCCAUCGUCGGCCACGAUGGCAGCAUUUGGGCCCAGAGCUCCAAUUUCCCUCAGUUCAAACAAGAAGAGAUUAAUGCCAUCAUGAAUGACUUUGCUGAACCUGGGUCACUUGCUCCAACUGGAUUGUACCUUGGUGGCACAAAAUAUAUGGUGAUCCAAGGCGAACCCGGAUAUGUUAUUCGAGGGAAAAAGGGAUCUGGAGGUAUUACUAUUAAAAAGACCAAUAUGGCUUUGCUCAUCGGAAUCUACGAUGAGCCAAUGGCUCCCAGCCAAUGCAACAUGGUUGUGGAAAGGCUUGGUGAUUAUCUCAUUGAUCAGGGUUUUUGAUCUUGCUGUUGUGGCCUUAUUUGUUUCAAUUCUUCUCUAUUUCUAUACAAAACUUGUAUCCACCAACUCUCGUAUUGAUGGUUGGGUGCAGUUGAAUAAUAGUAUUACCAGUUACUAGUGUGAAACUCAUAGGGAACUCAACGAAAAGCUCAGUGUUUGUAAUGGCGAUGUUAUUGAUCUCUUAGUUUGUAUUUGUGCUUUGUUUGAUGUAUGGUAUCAUGAAGAUUGUUUAGGUA